UUAAUGACUUCAUGAUGCCAAAGUGGCCCCAUAUAGAAAUUAGUUUGACACCUCUGAGUCCUAGAUCAUCACUGUCCAUGGAAACUUUACACUGGAUUUAUAUAUAGUGCCGAAGCGUUUCAUGGGCCUGGUUUAAAUUAAUAUAAUCCAACAGUGCUGGUGAAGAUUCUCAGUCAUCCAGGUCAUGGUCGUUCCAAAAAAGUUAAAAAGCAAUCCGACAGUGACAUCUAGUGGUCACUUUCAGUCAUGAUCGACUUGGUGCGUGUGUUGAGGAGAAACGAAAGUGAACCAGCCCCAGUGAAUCAUCACAUUUGAAAGGCUGGGACUUUAAACUUCAGUCGCAGCUAUAGUCUGUUUGUAUCGGGAAGUUAACUCACGAUGGCCUCCGAUAACGAUGCAAUACAUGAGCGACUCAUUGAAGACUUAAGAGGGAGACUCCAACAUACUAUAAAGGUGGAGGACGUGCUGCCCCAUUUACAUUUCAUCGAACCAGCACGACAGGAGCAGAUAAGUCAGAAACUGAACACGGAUGGCCCCGCAUCGGCUGCGAACUUGCUUAUUAGUGUGGUUGUUGAGAAGCCGCACACAGAGGGCUGGUUCAGGGCCUUCGUCGACGCCUUGCAUCAUGGAGGCUCCGAAUUCGCAGCUGACUACUUGGAGUUAAACUCCCCAGACGCCGACGUGGAGGCCGAGAACGAUUGCUGUGUCCGGCUGAUUCAGUUGUUGGCUCCCAGUCUGAUGAACAUGAAAACGGACCAAGUGUGCAAUCACUGUUAUUCUCGAAAGCUCCUUACUGAUGUUGAGAAUGAGAAGAUUCUGGCUGAAACAAGAAAUCAUGGAAACGGAAGUGGAGCCAGGGUGCUUCUGAGCCGAAUCGUGAGAUGCCGACCGGGCUGGUUCUCUGAAUUUUUGGAAAUCCUGCGCAUCACUGAACAUCAUCACCUGUAUGAGCUGACUGGAGGGUCACCUGAGAGUGAGAAGCUGAAGAAUCAAGCUGCAGCAGAGGAGAAAGUGCAAGCUGAAAGCGGUCAGAGCGAGAAGUCCAUGGAAAUCACGGUCACCGAGGGGCCUGAGGAGGACUCCACAGGUCUGUAUGCGAGCCCUGACCUGUCAAAAUCCAUGGAGGACAUAAAGCCAGAGAUGAGGGACAGUCCACCAGCAGGAACCACACGAGGAGGCCCAGAAAACACAGAAAUUGUUCUUCGGGAUUAUCAGAUGGAAGUGGCCCGGCCUGCCUUGGAGGGGGAAAACAUUAUUAUUUGCCUCCCUACAGGAAGCGGUAAAACCAGAGUUGCAGUGUACAUUACCCAGAAACAUCUGGACCGCAGGAGAGCGGAGGGGAAACCAGGAAAGGUGGUUGUCCUGGUGAACAAGAUUCCUCUCGUGGAGCAGCAUUUCGCCACUGAGUUCUCACCCCACCUGAAGCCCACGUACAAAGUGGAGAGGGUCAGCGGAGACUCCCAGCUGAAAAUCUCUUUCACCAAAAUUGUUGAGAGAAACGACAUCAUCAUCUGCACGGCCCAGAUUCUUGAAAAUUACUUGGAGAGAGCUAACAGCGGAGAGGAUGAAGGGGUGAAGCUAAGCGAUCUGACACUGAUUGUAAUCGAUGAAUGUCACCACACUCAGAAGGGGGGAGUCUACAACCAUAUCAUGAUGCGGUACUUGAAACAAAAGCACAAGAACCUAAAGCUCAAGAAGGAGCAGAAGGAGACCGUACAACUCCCUCAGAUCCUGGGCCUGACCGCCUCGCCAGGGGUCGGGGGUGCCAACACGCUGAAUAAAGCUGAAGAGCACAUUCUGCGAAUUUGCGCAAACUUGGAUGCUUCCAAAAUCAUGACAAGAAGCAUUGGGAAAGAUAAAAAGGAACAAAGAAAAUCCAUUCUGACGGUUGAACCAAGAAGAGAGGAUCCCUUUGGCUGCGUGAUCAAGACAAUCAUGCAUGACAUUCAUGCACAUGCCCAGCUUAGCCCCACCUGUGAGCUGGGCUCUCAGAAUUACGAACAAUGGGCUGUACAAGAAGAGCGACAAGCCGCCAAAAAGGGAGACCAAACAGUGAGGGUCUGCGCAGAGCACCUGCGGCGGUAUAACGAAGGUCUGAUUCUGAGCAACACCAUUCGCAUGUGCGAUGCCCUCAGUUUCCUGAACAAAUUCCACGGGGAGCAAAUGAAGAAGAAAACAGCCCCAGAUGAAGAGCUGAACAUACAGAUAACACCCACAGAGAGAUUCCUUUUCAAAUUGUUUCAAGACAACAAGGAAGAGCUGGAGAAGCUUGCACAGGACCCUAGCUACGAAAACGACAGCCUGUCAAAGCUCAGAACUAAAAUUUUGCACGAGUUCAGCAGCAGGAAGGAGGCCAGAGGGAUCAUUUUCACCAAAACACGUCACAGCGCUAUAAGUCUGAGCCAGUGGAUUCAAGAAAACCCCAAGUUUGCUGACAUUGGAGUAAAACCUUCUCACGUCAUCGGAGGAGGAGACCAAAGCGACACUAAACCAAUGACUGCUGCAGAGCAAAAAGAUGUGUUAAAAAAGUUCAAAUCGGGCGAACUCAACCUGCUGAUUGCUACCACAGUGGCAGAGGAAGGUUUGGACAUACCGGACUGCAAUUUUGUUAUCCGAUAUGGCCACGUGACCAAUGAAAUCGCUAUGAUUCAGUCUCAAGGCCGGGGAAGAGCUGAGGACAGCACCUACACUGUCGUGGAUGUCAAGAACUCAGGGGUGGCUGAAAAGGAGUGCGUCAACGAGUACCGUGAGGAAAUGAUGAACAAAGCCAUUCAGAAAAUCAAAGCCAGAAAUCAACCAGAAUACAACAAGCAGAUCACCGAGUAUCAAAUUCAGGCUAUAAUGGAGGAAAGAGUGAGACUGGUAAAGCAGAAGAAGAAGGCCGUCAAGAUUGAGAGCCCAUCUGCUGUAACGUUUAGCUGUCGAAACUGCAACCAAGACGUGUGCAGCGGCGAAGACAUCCAAAUGAUUGAAAACAUGCACAGUGUCAACGUUUCGCCACAGUUUAGCGAACUUUUCACUCAGAGGGAAAACAUAGCUCUUCAGGAGCGACGUUUGGAUUAUGAGACCAAUGGCGUCAUAGCUUGCAAAGCCUGUGGUCAGAAUUGGGGUUCAAUGAUGAUGUACCGUGGGAUUGAGCUGCCCUGCCUCCAUGUGAAAAACUUUGUGGUGAAUAUCAAUGGGAAAAAGAACAGCAACUACAACAAGUGGAGCGAACUCCCUGUCAAGUUUCCUGCCUUCGACUACAUCAACCACGCCAGCCUGAUGGUGCUGAGCUUGGACGAUGAAGAAACAGAAUGAAUCCAACUAAUCAGAGAUCCUUUUCCUGUUGGUGUUUCUUUCUCUCUCUCUCUUUUGCUAAUGUGGCUUUCUCGUCAUGCAUCCAAUUAGCAGAGUGAGGGUUUUCUUUUACUUUGCUUGGAUUUAAGUGUUUUUUAUUGAGAACAAGUGCACUUUUUUCUUCAGAUUUUGCACUUAGCUGGGAUAAUGCAUCAUUUAAUUUGAAUCUGGAUCGAUUUUUAAAAAUGACUGGAAACUGUGUUUCCUUCAGAAAUCAUUGCUGUCCCAUCAGAUGGGAGGCGGUGAGCCCGUGAUCGCCCCUCAGAGCCCACCUGUCAACUCGAAUGCACGCAAACAGGUGCUGUUGACUCUGUUUAAUUCACCCUUCAGUGAGUGACUCACGACUGCUGAGACAGAGCUAUUUAAGGAAGCAGCAUUUUUAACCUGCGUUAAAAGGUGACCUAAUCGAUUGGGCAAUCCUGCAAAUUGUAUAGAUCCUUCAGGAUGAACUAAAUGAGCAUUUUCUUAGUAGGGAGAACAUUGGUCAGGGUAAUAUUGCACUGAAAGUUUAUGAAAACUAAAGUUUAUCAAUUUCAUUAGCACUUAUGUAAUUCUUUCCUCGAGGGGGCACUUUAUAUGUCAUGUGUAACCUCCAAGGCACUCGUCAGGCUUUUCAGCUUCUGAUGCACAAGGAAACACUGGAAAACAUGUUAAUUGACUUAGGGUAUAAUGGCAGCAUAAACAGCCAUUAUGUUGAUUUUAUCAAUUUGAAACUACAGUGUGUUUAUUUCUUUUAACAUUUAUGGCAUAAAUAUGAUUUUACAAUUCUCAUAUUUGACCAUUUAGACUUUUAGAUUUCUAUGAAUGAUCCCAUAACCCCAGUCUUAUACAACCAGACAAUCUGCUGCUCUGAGGUCAAUGCUUUAUGUGCGCAACAUGUGUUGUGCACUGCAUGUGGGGAAGCAGAUGCUGACAUUUCUUAAUCAUGCCAAAAGAAAAUUGCAAAAUUUUGCUUAUGAAUGUAUUCAACUCUUCCCUUUACUUUGUUUCAUCACCAUCCUGUUGUCAGAAAAUUAUCUAGUUUCAUGUCCGCAUAAAUUUUGACCGUAUUUCAUCAUGAAUUUAUCUAAAUAGAUUUACACAGGUCAUAUUUUCUAAACCCAAGACUUAAAAACUAAAUGUUUUUGCGCCUUGUUAAUCAUUUUGUUCUGUUCAAAUAUUUUUUUUCUGUUUGAAUACCCCUUUUAGAUUUUUAACAUGACCAACAGAUUUCCAAAGUAGGUUAUUCUUAUUUUUACUUUAGAAGUGUAUAAAAUAAGCACACUUGUUGACAUGUUUUCGGUUGUUUGGGGGUUGAUACGGCUGAAAUGCCUGUGGUAUGACUGGCUUAAAUAUUUUAGAUCGACUGACACCCUACGAUGGUUGUUUGUUGCUUAUUGUUUAUUGAGUGAAUGCAAUUAUACCUCUCAAAUAAAACAUCAUAAUGCAAACA